GAGGAAGCCGGCGCGUCACGGAGGACGGAUCCGGGACCCUGCCGCGCCCGCCCAGCGGCGCCCGGUCCCGGGUCCACAGCCGCACUCACCCCGCCGCGCUCUCCGCCACCGCCACCGCCACCACCGCGGCCACCGCCAAUGAAACUCCUCCCGCUCCUAGUGGUUUUUUCCACUUUGUUGAAUUGUUCCUAUACUCAAAAUUGCACCAAGACACCUUGUCUCCCAAAUGCAAAAUGUGAAAUACGCAAUGGAAUUGAAGCCUGCUAUUGCAACAUGGGAUUUUCAGGAAAUGGUGUCACAAUUUGUGAAGAUGAUAAUGAAUGUGGAAAUUUAACUCAGUCCUGUGGUGAAAAUGCUAAUUGCACUAACACAGAAGGAAGUUAUUAUUGUAUGUGUGUACCUGGCUUCAGAUCCAGCAGUAACCAAGACAGGUUCAUCACUAAUGAUGGAACCAUCUGUAUAGAAAAUGUGAAUGCAAACUGCCAUUUAGAUAAUGUCUGUAUAGCUGCAAAUAUUAAUAAAACUUUAACAAAAAUCAGACCCAUAAAAGAACCUGUGGCUUUGCUACAAGAAGUCUAUAGAAAUUCUGUGACAGAUCUUUCACCGACAGAUAUAAUUACAUAUAUAGAAAUAUUAGCUGAAUCAUCUUCAUUACUAGGUUACGAGAACAACACUAUCUCAGCCAAGGACACCCUUUCUAAUUCAACUCUUACUGAAUUUGUAAAAACCGUGAAUAAUUUUGUUCAAAGGGAUACUUUUAUAGUUUGGGACAAGUUAUCUGUGAAUCAUAGGAGAACACAUCUUACAAAACUCAUGCACACUGUUGAACAAGCAACUUUAAGGAUAUCCCAGAGCUUCCAAAAGACCACAGAGUUUGAUACAAAUUCAACGGAUAUAGCUCUCAAAGUUUUCUUUUUUGAUUCAUAUAAAAUGAAACAUGUUCAUCCUCAUAUGAAUGUGGAUGGAGAUUACAUAAAUAUAUUUCCAAAGAGAAAAGCUGCAUAUGAUUCAAAUGGCAAUGUUGCAGUUGCAUUUUUAUAUUAUAAGAGUAUUGGUCCUUUGCUCUCAUCAUCUGACAACUUCUUACUGAAGCCUCAAAAUUAUGAUAAUUCUGAAGAGGAGGAAAGAGUCAUAUCUCCAGUAAUUUCAGUCUCAGUGAGCUCAAACCCACCCACAUUAUAUGAACUUGAAAAAAUAACAUUUACGUUAAGUCAUCGAAAGGUCACAGAUAGGUAUAGGAGUCUAUGUGCAUUUUGGAAUUACUCACCUGAUACCAUGAAUGGCAGCUGGUCUUCAGAGGGCUGUGAGCUGACAUACUCAAAUGAGACCCACACCUCAUGCCGCUGUAAUCACCUGACACAUUUUGCAAUUUUGAUGUCCUCUGGUCCUUCCAUUGGUACUAAAGAUUAUAACAUUCUUACAAGGAUCACUCAACUAGGAAUAAUUAUUUCACUGAUUUGUCUUGCCAUAUGCAUUUUUACCUUCUGGUUCUUCAGUGAAAUUCAAAGCACCAGGACAACAAUUCACAAAAAUCUUUGCUGUAGCCUAUUUCUUGCUGAACUUGUUUUUCUUGUUGGGAUCAAUACAAAUACUAAUAAGCUCUUCUGUUCAAUCAUUGCCGGACUGCUACACUACUUCUUUUUAGCUGCUUUUGCGUGGAUGUGCAUUGAAGGCAUACAUCUCUAUCUCAUUGUUGUGGGUGUCAUCUACAACAAGGGAUUUUUGCACAAGAAUUUUUAUAUCUUUGGCUAUCUAAGCCCAGCCGUGGUAGUUGGAUUUUCAGCAGCACUAGGAUACAGAUAUUAUGGCACAACCAAAGUAUGUUGGCUUAGCACCGAAAACAACUUUAUUUGGAGUUUUAUAGGACCAGCAUGCCUAAUCAUUCUUGUUAAUCUCUUGGCUUUUGGAGUUAUCAUAUACAAAGUUUUUCGUCACACUGCAGGGUUGAAACCAGAAGUUAGUUGCUUUGAGAACAUAAGGUCUUGUGCAAGAGGAGCCCUCGCUCUUCUGUUCCUUCUCGGCACCACCUGGAUCUUUGGGGUUCUCCAUGUUGUGCACGCAUCAGUGGUUACAGCUUACCUCUUCACAGUCAGCAAUGCUUUCCAGGGGAUGUUCAUUUUCUUAUUCCUGUGUGUUUUAUCUAGAAAGAUACAAGAAGAGUAUUACAGAUUGUUCAAAAAUGUCCCCUGUUGUUUUGGAUGUUUAAGGUAAACAUAGAGAAUGAUGGAUAAUUACAACUGCACAAAAAUAAAAAUUCCAAUCUGUGGAUGUCCAAUGUGUAAAAGUGACUCAUCAAAUUAUCCAAUUAUUAACUACUAGACAAAAAAGUAUUUUAAAUCAGUUUUUCUGUUUACACUAUAGGAACUGUAGAUAAUAAGGAAAAAUUAUGUAUCGUAUAGAUAUAGUAUGCUUUUCUACGUGAAAUAGUUCUGUCAAAAAUAGUAUUGCAGAUAUUUGGGAAGUAAUUGGUUUCUCAGGAGUGAUAUCCCUGCACCCAAGGAAAGAUUUUCUUUCUAACACAAGAAGUAUGUGAAUGUCCUGAAGGAAACCACUGGCUUGAUAUUUGUGUGACUCAUGUUGCCUUUGAAACUAGUCCCCUACCACCUUGGUAAUGAGCUCCGUUACAGAAAGUGGAACAUAAGAGAAUGAAGGGGCAGAAUAUCAAAUAGUGAAAAGGGAAUGACUGUUAUAAUAAUAAGAUGUAUUUUGAAUAAACUUGUUUUUUCUGUAGACUAGCUGAGAAAUUGUUGAGAUAAAAUAAAGAAUUGAAGAAACACACUUUACCAUUUUGUGAAUUGUUCUGAAAUUAAAUGUCCACUAAAACAACUUAGACUUCUGUUUGCUAAAUCUAUUUCUUUUUCUAAUAUUCUAAAAAAGAAAAAAAAGGUUUACCUCCACAAAUUGAGAAAAAAAAAAGCAAAAAAAAAUCUGUUGCUAAGGUUAGACUGAGAUAUAUACUAUUUCCAUACUUAUUUCACUGAUUGUGACUUUGGGUAUUUAAUCAGUAAAAUAUAAAUGUGUCAAGAUAUAAUAUUGUUUAUCCCUAUCGAUGUAAAAACAGUGUAAUAAAGCUGAAGUAUUCUAUUCUAUUACCUUUCAGUGAAGUGAAAGUUAUACUAUCUCAUUAGUAUGUUUGAAUCCUUUAUUAUUUUUAAUUUUAGAAAUAUUGCAGUUCACAUUGCAAUAUUCCCUUUAAUUUACUAUUUUUAAAGGGGUAUUAUAAAUAUGAAAGUAUUUAUAAAGUGAAUUGCUAUUUUUGCUGUUCAGAAAAGUACACAUUUAAAAUUGUUAUUGUUAACAAUGUGUAAACACAUUUAAAGUUGUUAUUGUUAACGAAGAAAUCGUGGUGAACUGUAGAGGUUUUCACAGUGGAUCCAUUUUCUGACAGUUUUCUACUAUCUAUUAAAUCAUAUCUGCUUAAAUAUAUAGCUUCUAUCUAUCUUUAAAUCUUCUCAUUAAAAUGUAGAAGCAGUGACUUUGAUCUCAAAAAUAGGUAAUUUUUCUUUGCCUACCUCUAAAAGUGUGCCAACACUAAAUUUGUGAUUUUAAAUUAAUUUCUCCAGCUGUUGAAAUAAAGCCUGCCAAAUCUUGCUCUAACAAAUAAAAUGUUAUCUAAAUGAA